CUCCCGCAUAGUGCCCACACUAAGCUCUCACUCACACAGAUCUAACAUGUCGUCCAACUCCAACAACAUCUUCAAUGCUGUCUCCAUCUUUGAUGGAAAGCACUGGCUUGUCUGGUCCGGAACUAUGGAGUCCUAUCUGGAGCAUCAGGGGAUCUCAUAUGUGCUGACUGAGACCGCGCCAACCGAAGUCAAGGCUACGGAUGGCUCUGUGACCAACGCAUCGGAGAUCAAACAAUGGAAGCAUGAUGAUCUCAGGGCGAAGGGCAGCAUUAAGUUGCGCCUGACUGAGGGAGUCAUUGCCAACAUUCCAACCACCAACAUAGUGUCA